CGCGCGGGGGCGGGGCGCGGAGGGAUCCGAGCGGGCCGUGCUGCGCCGCCCCCGGUAUAUCUGUCCCCAGUCCCCGGCGCCGCCUCAGUCCCCGUCCUCAGAUCACGAUCUCUCCUCACGCUACCCCGACGCCGCCUCCGCCCGCGUAGCCCCGGCCAUGGCUCUGUAGCCGCCACCCCUCCGUGCCUCACGGCCCAUCUCCGCGCUCACCGCGCUUGCGCUCUCCGCUCCCGCCUUCUUUCUUCAGCCGAGGCCGCCGCCGCCUCUCCUUUCUGCAGCCAUGGAGUCCUCCACUUCCGCCUUGGUGCCUGUCUUCGCCCAGCUGAGCAACCUCCAGAGCCCCCUGCCAGCUGCCGGUGCAGCCUCCUUCGUUGCCAUCCGCGCCCAGCGCCUGUUCCGCAGCCAUGUCACUCCUGGCGACCCUGGGGCUGGAGCUGGACAGGGCCCUGCUCCCAGCUAGCGGGCUGGGCUGGCUCGUAGACUAUGGGAAACUCCCCCUGGCCCCUGCCCCCCUGGGCCCCUAUGAGGUCCUUGGGGGAGCCCUGGAGGGCGGGCUUCCAGGGGGGGGAGAGCCCCUGGCAGGUGACGGCUUCUCUGACUGGAUGACUGAGCGGGUUGACUUUACAGCCCUUCUCCCUCUGGAGCCCCCCUUGCCCCCAGGUGCCCUCCCCCCACCUUCCCCACCCCCACCUGACCUGGAAGCCAUGGCCUCCCUCCUCAAGAAGGAGCUGGAGCAGAUGGAAGACUUCUUCCUUGAUGCCCCACUCCUCCCGCCAUCCUCCCCACCACCACCACCAGCACCAGCGCCCUCCCUCCCCCUCCACCUCCCCACCUUUGACUUCCCCCAGCCCCCUGCCCUGGAUACCCUUGACUUGCUGGCCAUCUGCUGCCGCAGUGAGGCCGGACAUGGGGACUCGGGUUUGGCCCACUUGCCUCCCCCACAGCAGCCCCCUCCUCCUCCACCUCAGCCCUCUCGCCCGGCCCCCUACCCCAAUCCUGCCACCAUCCGAGGGGACCGCAAGCAAAAGAAGAGAGACCAGAACAAGUCGGCAGCUCUGAGGUACCGCCAGAGGAAGCGGGCAGAGGGCGAGGCCCUGGAGGGCGAGUGCCAGGGGCUGGAGGCUCGGAACCGGGAGCUGAGGGAGAGGGCGGAGUCAGUGGAGCGGGAGAUCCAGUACGUCAAGGAUCUGCUCAUCGAAGUGUACAAGGCUCGAAGCCAGAGGACCCGCAGCAGCUAGCCGGGCAGGGGCUUUGGGCGGUAGGGGGCGCUGGUCUUUAGCUUGGGUCACUUCUGUUUCUGGAGCUGAGGUGGGAGAGUCCCUCGGCAUCCCCCUGCCUCCACCUUCAUUCCAGAUCUCCCUCUCUCUCCCUCUCUCUCUGCUUUUAUCCUCGUCUCUGCUCAUCCAUUUCUGAGUUUGCUCCCCUCCUCCCUCCCCAGAAUCAUGGAUGUUUGGCAUUAGUCAACAUCUGUGCUCCUCAAGUAACGGCCGAGGGGCUGAGGCCCACAGGGAAUUCGGGGAGCAAGGCAGAGCUUGGGAACCUGGUCUCUCAAACAGGGACGUGCGGCCAGGAAGCUAUGCAGAAUGAGGCCAGGAGAGCCAUCUGGGGACGCAAGUCAGGGAGGGUUUGAAGAAUGGCACCCAUGUAAU